AUGGAUAUUGGCGAGGCUCCUCGGGCUUGCGCUUCUUGCAAGAGAAACAAACGUGGAUGUGAUAAGAGUCUCCCAAAAUGUAGCCUGUGUAUCAGGCACAAUCGAGAUUGCGAUUACUCAGAGAAUUCCCAAUUCAAUCAUAGAGAGGAACUUGAUGAUCUGCGCAGUCGGGUACAAGAACUUGAGCAGCGACUGACACCGAUCACUCUGACACCAGCUGCGUCUUCCAUAAGCGACCUACUCAAUCCUGAUAACUCGGCACACCAUUCGCUUUAUCAUGACUUGUCAGCAGUGGCCUCUUUCAUUGACUCUGACACCAGCUCUACUUGCAAUAUCUCCAACCCUUCUAAUAACAUUCCUGCCCCAGAGGAAAUCUCUAGCUUGCUUAGUAUCUCGGACAUGGAAGAGAUCAAAUAUCGCUAUUUCAAUUCGGUACAUACCUGGAUGCCCAUUGUGAGCAAGAUCCGAUUGCAGCGCAUUACUCAGUGUGAGCCCAGACUCUUAAAAGCAGACGUCCUGCUUUUGAUCAUGUGUAUGAAACUCGUGUGCACCUACGACCAGCGCCAGGGCUCUUCAAAUCUCUACAAUAUGACCAAGAAAUUGAGCCAAGAGGUGGAGCUAAACGGUCUCGUCACCGUCCGCACCGUCCAAGCCGGCCUUCUCCUCUGUGUCUAUGAAGCAGGCCAUGGGAUAUUUCCAGCCGCCUUCCUCAACAUCAGCUGCUGCGCGCGACAGGGUGUUGUCCUCGGCCUGCAUAACAAAUUGGCGCCCCAAUUGGCCGGCAACCCCCGAAGUUGGGUCGAUUGGGAGGAAAGACAGCGGGUAUGGUGGAUGGUUGUCAUUCUCGACAGGUAUAUUGCGAUUGGCUCUGACUAUCGCCCUUUGUGCACCGAAGACCCCAAUAAAGAUACGCUUCUCCCAGCGAGUGAUAGUGCUUGGGACGAUGGAGAGAUGAUGUGCCCCGAACGUGUCCUACUCUCAUCAAACAGCGACACACCAGUCAGUUCUUUCGCACGACUGGCGCAGGCGUCCAAUCUCCUAGGCCGUGUUGUCAAACACUGCAACGACACAUCCCUAGAGAUUGAAUAUGUGCUAGACAACUUUGAAAGGCUCACCCAGACAAUAAUUGCAUUUUUGCAACUCAUAACUACAAAUCAAGACUUGUCGUCAAAUCCAUUUAGCACUGCAGCAGCAAUUUGCUUUAGUGCUUUGUUCAAGCUAGCCAGCCACCACGCCUGCGACAUGCACAUUGAGCAAGGCCUUGACAUUGCAGUAGCCUCUCGCGUCCGUGAAAUUAUGCAACGAAGUGUACAGAUGUUGAAAGACACUUCCAACCAGGUGAUAUUAUUCGUGAGAGAUGCCAGACAAUCUCUUACCCCCCAAACGAUGGAGCUGGUGUCACCAUUAGUCUUGAAUUGUAUUUAUAGCUCUACUUCGAAUCUCUCGUGGAUGGGAAUCGAGAAUGGUGCUCCACAGUAUGCCAUCGGGAAGGCUGUCUGUGAAGAGAUGCUGCAAUCUUUAGGUGCUCGAUGGAAAGCUGCCAAUGCCUAUUUGGAACUGCAACGGGUUGCAGACCGGGAUCAAGAAGAGCAUGCGUAA